AUGGAAAAGCAUUGCGAUAUUUUAGAGAACGAAAAAUUUGGCCGCUACCUAGUUGCUAAUAAAGAUUUGGAUGCCGAUACACCUCCGCUAUGCCUUGGUUGCUAUUGUCCAGUGGACAACAUAGUCUGCACUCGCUGUGGGUGGCCAAUAUGUAGCGAGGCGUGUGAAAAAACAGCACAUCAUCAAUCAGAAUGUGAUGUCUUUUCUGCCGCUAAUGUAAGAUUUCAGGCAACCGUUGAUUGGAGUGCGGCGUCACCACAACUUGAUUGUAUAACUCCUCUGAGGAUGCUCAUAGCAAAAGAGAACGAUCCAGACCGUUGGCAACGCGAACUGGAAAUGAUGGAGACGCACACAGACGAAAGAAAGAAACGACAGUCAUGGGAAGCCGACCAAAACAAUAUCUUGAAUUUUUUACUUACUCGUUGUAAGCUUGGAGCGAAGUUUUCCAAGGAUUUAAUUGAAAAAGUUUGCGGCAUAUUAGCGGUAGAUAUUCACGAUGGGGGCAAUUCUCAAGAAGUGACAAAAUUCUUAUCGAUAAACAUAUGA